AUGGACGACGGCUGGUCUCUUGGGCCCUGGGUGGAAUUUUCCGCCUUGCUGGCGAGCGUGCUGAGCAGCGCAUGGCUGAUGAAGGCUUGUGCACCAUGCUCCAUGCUCCUUUCGAGCAGGCAACUGUGGCACUUGGGCGCCGCGGAUCUUGCACAUGCGACCAUCCAGCUCAUGUUCUCGCAGGUCUCGCAAGACUUGUUGGGUUUGCCGCCACCAUCUUUGCAGAUAGCAUUCUACAUCCGUGCCGCUGUUCAUUACUGUCUGAUCACGCUGUGCCUUGUCGAAGUGCAAAUAGCUGCCACACUGGCAACGGCCAGCCUCCGAAAUUUCAAUUUCGCGAAAUGGUUGGGGAAGGCGCUUCCAUAUAGCUGGGUGUUGGCCGCCGGCUUGGUGGUGGUGGACUGCUCUACACUGGCGAAGAACACGAUUGUGCUCGAAAAUGGCAUCAUCACCGGUGCGGCACCAGUCGUAGCUGCAGUUAUGGCCGUUUGCUUUGUCCUUACCCUCAUGCUGUAUCUGUUGGCAGUGGUGAAGGUGACCAACCUGAGAUGUUCACAAGAUGUGAUCUGGUCAACUUCUUUCCAAGCGCUGCUGUACCCGCUGAACUUCACGAUUACAGUGUUCCCUACUUGGUUCAUCCACAAGUCAUACAUCAAGGAUUAUGGGCGUGGUCUUCACCACUGGGUCGCAGCUGUGUGCCUUGACAGCAACGGCUGGAUCAAUGCCUUGACAUACAGCUGGCAACGCGUGGGGAAGCACCAGGAUGCCUUCGGAGUUCUUCCCGGCUUAGAUGUGUCACUGCUGCAAAACUCUGAUGCCGUUGGCUUUGAAGUCGUUUAG